AUGAAGCUUUCAACCGUAUUCUUGUUCGCCACUUCAGCUGUCGCUAUUCCUUGGGGCAACUGGCAAAAGUGGAACAAGCCAAGCACUACCUGCCUCACAUACGAGCAGGCCUUGUAUAUUCAGGAGAGAUCGCGUGUCUUCCAGCUGAAGGCCAACCUCACUGAUGCACGACUUGCUGGUGAGGAGCUGUUCGCCGCUCAGGAGUACAAGCAAUAUGGUCACUCCAUCAACUCUCUCCGAGGAGACGCACUCGGCACGCUCGUUGAACCAGAUGGUGUAACAUAUGUUGCCAACGUCCUAUCCGCACCACCACUAUACCGAAUCGACAGUCUUGCCAUGCUACACAACUGCACUCACAUUAUGGAGCACUGGGACUUCUACGGUGUCGGCGGUGCAAGAAACAACCAUAUCCCAGUCCGGGGCUUCGCGUUGACCAAGGUUGAUCUGACACGCGAGGUUCAGCCAGUCGUGUGGAGACAAGUCGAGUUCAACAGCAUGCAAUGGGCAAACAAUACUGGCUUCACCAUUGAGUUCCCUACCACGGGUCCUUAUGCGCCACAGCCAGAGUAA